AUGCUUGAGUACUAUUGGAAUACAAAUUUUAAAACUAGUACUGCGCAUAUUUCUUUCUUUCGUAUUUCAUGCUGCUUACCUUUCCGCUUAGUAUUUCCUACUAUAUCAAUUCUUAUAAUAAAGCAUGAAACUAAAAAUGCGCCAGUCAAAAAGUAUACGUAGUGUUACCCAUUGCGCCACAACCCAAUUAACUGAAAUGCUCCAGAUUCCGUGCCACGGACACCACCUAUCCCGCAAUUGCGCCUUAAGGAGUUUCAGUAAGUAAUCAUGCCUAAAGAGGUAUCUCAUAGGUGCAUCUUUUUCCACCAACACUGUUUCGUAGACAGUCUUAAUACUUUUUUUUUCAGAACACGGUAUACAUCAAGGACCUUAGCGAAGAACUUCGGUACACUAAGCGUAGGCUGCGAGAGUUGCAGAAAGCUCCCUGAACCUCAUCUCCUGCAUAAAAAAAAUUGUGUCUCAGUGUUUCGAUAUUUAUGCUUGUACGAAGCUGUAACUUCUUUUGAACGAAAAAUUCGCGCAUUGUACAUUUCUUCUAAACCGUUUCAGGAACGUCUUCUUCAGAUAGAUUUAGUGGAAUCACGUAUUGAGCAGUGUCGUUUGCAAGUUAUGUGUUGUAGGUCUCAAUUGCGAACCUUGUUUGCACUCCCUCCAUUGCUUGUUUCUUUGAGAUAA